AACAGGAAGUUAUUUAAGCAGAAGGCUUUCAGUUUGUGUUGUUACUUCACGGAGCAUGUGGAAGGUGUUGUACUUGAAGUCCUCUGAGCAGCGCAGAAAUGAACCCGGGAGUUUCUACGUGGCUUUUCCUGCUGUUACUUGCUGCGGCCACAGCAGAGAGGAGUAAUGUCCUCUUCAUUGUGUCGGAUGAUCUGCGGACAUCCCUGGGUUGUUAUGGAGACACACUGGCGAACUCUCCCAACAUUGACCAGCUGGCAUCCAAAAGCCAAGUUUUCCUCAAUGCGUUUGCCCAGCAAGCCGUGUGCGCUCCCAGUCGCACGUCCAUGUUGACCAGUCGCAGACCGGACACGACCAGACUCUACGACUUCAACUCCUACUGGCGAGUCCACUCUGGGAACUACACUACUCUGCCGGAGCACUUUAAAUCUGAAGGCUACUACACCAUGUCAGUGGGGAAGGUGUUUCAUCCAGGGAUUGCUUCAAACCACACUGACGACUACCCCUACAGCUGGUCUAUUCCUGCAUAUCACCCAGUUUCCUUUCGAUUUGAGAAGCAAAAGAUGUGUAAAGGCGAGGACGGUCGGCUCCACGCCAACCUGCUGUGUGCGGUUAACGUGACGGAGCAGCCUGGGGGAACCCUGCCGGACCUGGAGAGCACCGACGAAGCGGUGAGGCUUCUGAAGAGUCGGGCCAGCGACGGAGCGCCUUUCUUCCUGGCUGUGGGCUUUCACAAACCACACAUACCUUUCAGGAUCCCACAGGUACAUGAGUCUUUAUUUAUGGUGCAGCCUAUGCAACAUGUCUUGUGUGAAACAUGUAAUUCAUCAGAGUGGAAACGUACCUCACCAAUCAGACUCAACCCGUCUGCAAGCUUCCUGAUGAAUUGGUUUUAAUUGAGCAGCUUCUGA